AUGUCGGGCGAGAAAUGUCUAGCCAUUUGCCGAUGGUCUCAAGGGUCUUCUAUGGGGCGAGCUUGUUGGUCUGGAAGAACGACGGCGAGGACGGAACGGCCCGUCGCUGGCCGCUUGGUCCCUGGCGAGCGCUUCCCGCCCGCCACACUGCGCAACCAGGCCGAAGGGCGGACCGAGUGGACAACCCGGAUCGUUGAGAGUGAUGGGCGCUUCCACGUGGUCUUCCUGGCGGGGGAUGUUUGCGUCGAAGCCCAGAGGCAGCGGGCCGAACGGCUGGGCUGUUUCCUGGCUGGACAAGACUCUCCUCUGACUCGCUAUGCACCCAUCCCGGCCGCUUCCACAGUCCAAUUUGUGCGAACUCUCGAGAAAUGGGAUUGUAGCAGCCAAGGUGACCAGGACAAGGAUCAGCCAGCCUACGGCCAGGCCGGUGGGGAUGCGGCGCGCAGAUGA